CUGAGUUGUCAAACUUAUGUUGAGAUUCUUGAACUUAAGGAGAAGUUACUGGGAUUUGCCGAGGUAGAGGCUGAGAAAGAGAUGAUGAAGCAAAUAUUGAAGAGAAUGAAAGACACACAAAACAGUGAAGAAGAAACGAUGCCAGUGGUAAUGGUACCAACUGUUGAUGUACUCGAUUCUGUAACAAUCCAACUCAAUAAUGAAGUAGGACGUGUACCUAGUAACCUUGGGGUACGAUGA